CUCCUGCAGGUGGUGGUGUAGUAGACUCCUUUACGCACGUAGCCUAGCUUACACACUCUAUACCUUGUCUAUGAAGGCUGGUGUCUGGCCCUGGCUCUGGCUCUUAUGCAAGGUUAAUGUUUUUUGGUACCUCCUGUAAAAACAGGGACGUGGUGCGAGCUUUCCACUGAGAAGAAGACCCCGGACCAUCCAUCCCAAACCAGACGCUGUACGAUGGCACCGUCCCUCAUCCGAGCUUGCCGCAGUCUGGCUCUCUCGACGUGGCUGCUGUCGUUUUGUUUCGUGCACUUGCUGUGCCUGGACUUCACGGUCGCAGAGAAAGAGGAAUGGUACACCGCUUUUGUCAACAUCACCUAUCUGGACCCCAUGACUUCGGAGGUCAAGACAGAGAAAACCGAAUGCGGUCGGUAUGGCGAGCAGUCGCCCAAGAAAGAAGCCAAAGGUCUGGUCCUGGUGCCGUCCGUCCUGCAGGACAGACAAGCGUGCGACCCAAACGUCAGGUUCCCCCCUGUCUCUUACAACACCGCCUGGGUGGCGCUGGUGGCUGCGGGGAACUGUACAUACCGAGAGAAGAUCCGUAACGUUGCAAACUAUAACGCCUCUGCAGUUGUCAUAUACAAUGUGUUCUCCAGCAGUGCCAACGAGACCAUAACAAUGCCCCAUCCAGGUACAGGCGAAGUUGUGGCCAUCAUGAUCCCAGAGCCUAAAGGUCGUGAGAUUUUGGCUUUGCUGGAGCAGAACAUCCCGGUCACGUUGUACAUCACCAUAGGAACCCGCAACCUGCAGAAGUACGUGAGCAGAACAUCGGUAGUGUUUGUCUCCAUCUCCUUCAUCGUCCUCAUGAUAAUCUCCCUCGCCUGGCUCGUCUUCUACUACAUCCAGAGGUUCCGUUACGCUAAUGCACGAGACCGCAACCAGAGGCGUUUGGGAGAUGCUGCCAAAAAGGCCAUCAGUAAGCUACAAUUACGCACCAUUAGGAAAGGAGACAAGGAGACUGAGUCAGACUUUGACAACUGUGCAGUUUGCAUCGAAGGUUAUAAGCCUAAUGAUGUUGUGAGGAUACUACCAUGCAGGCAUGUCUUUCAUAAGCACUGUGUAGACCCGUGGUUACAGGACCACCGGACGUGUCCCAUGUGUAAAAUGAACAUCCUCAAAGCCUUGGGAAUCCCACUCAACGCAGACUGUUCAGAUGACGCUCCUCCAGACUAUGAGACAUCUGUCGGGGGUGCGCCCACCAACCCCAUCAGCGGAGCGAGUGAAAUCACCUUUAACGAGAGCUCGGUGGUUCUGGAUCCAGCCGGAAGAUUGAUAGACCUACAGCAGUUCCAUGCUGAUGAAGAGCCAGAACUUCAGGCAGGGGAGAGACACAUUAUCGCCAGCAGUGAGCACCAGCCUCCGUUCAGCAGUGGUUCAGAGACUUCUAUCAUCAUGGGCAUGGAGGUAGGCAUGUCUGAAGUAGACCUGUCCAUGGAGCAGGAAUGUAAUUGGGCCAAAUCCUGAAUUAAUUGAAUUUGACAAAAAGCAUAAUUCACCAAGAAAAAGGAAGACAAAAGCAGCCGCCCCCCCAGAGACUCGUCACGUCUUUGGUCCUGAAGGAAGUGACUUCUCAGAAGAUGGGCAAAUGGGCAAUACAACAUAGCAGCACAAAACACACACAAUACUGUCUUUACUGACCAAAAAACAGAUUUAUCCCCUUAUCUGUGGACAUGUUGCUUGCUCGUUUUCUCACACCUUGACUGCCAUGGCGAUCAGACAGCACCUCAUACAUUGUGGUGACCCAGUUUUUGUCAGACGUAAUCUUUUCACAUCCCCAAACCUAGCAUCUGAAAUACACAUACAAUAACUGCUGAGUUGUGGGAGUUAGUUUCUCCUCACUGGUAACCUACAGUUAACCUGCUGCUGGACACACUAUGAGCACAGGAGCAACAGACGCCAGACGCCAGAUUGCUGCUUUAAUUAUUAUUAAAAAUAUGUGCAGAUUGAUUGAUUUCUUGGUAGGAGAUCACUGCCAACAUAUUCCAGAAGUAACUUUUCCUUAUGUAAUGGAUACAUAGCACAGAGCCUAUAUCAGCAUUUUCUUUGAGUCCCAUUACAGCUGGUGUGAAUUUCCCAUCAGCAUUUUUUCAACUUCAGACUUGGGUACACGUUAUUAUCCCUUGAAAACUUGAAUCGUAGGUCUUUAACUUCAUGGUCAUGUUUGAGGAGUCGGGAUAUGUAUGCACACGUUAUGCUGAAAUGCUAAAUGUAACGGUUUCUGUUUCUAUUUUUGUGAGACCUUCAUUUAGAACUUCUAUUUUACCGACUAAAGUCGUCAGAGAAAAUAACCAAACACAAGGUAGAUAUUUCUGUCCUCACGUUUGACAAUCAUAGCUAGCCACAAGCAGAAGUGAUGUCACCCACUGCCCUACUGAAACUGCUGCUUACAAGUUGUUACAACACAUGGCGCUGAUGAUCACUCCCUGCUGACUGUCGGAAGGGGAUUGUUCAUAUCUAUGUUCACACUGCUGCUAAGUAUAGCUGGCAAUAGCAGUUGUCACCACCAAAUUCUGGCAGUAUGCACAUACUGUAGACAAACUUCCUACACUUGUCAAGCCAGCUUAAAAUAUGUCAACAAGUCUUUGUGCCAAGAUUAUCUGUAGAAUUUCAAACAUUGUUUUUUAAUGCACUUGGCUGGUAAACAGACUCGAAUGGCACUGAAUCUGCUCAUGAUAUGAAACCGAAGAAAUAACAUGAGGGUGCAGAAUUAGAUGGCUUACGUAAGUUAAAAGGGGGACUGUUUUUGUGGACAGGAACGGAGCUAUGCAUUGCCUGACAGAUAAGAUGCAUUCAGAUGCAUGGUCAGGUUUUUCAUUAAAGGAAUUUGAUGCUACAAGCAUGGGAUUAUGUAUGGCAUGAAAAGCUUACAGCAUGAAAAUGUUUACAGUUUUGUUUGGACUAUGUCCACACUAAACCGGCUUUGGGAAAUGACAUGCAUGCAGCCCUCGCAAAGAUCUCCACACAAAUAAACCUAAGGAAUAGGAAAACGGCUACAUUUCCUAUUCUUUGUCCACGAUCAGCAAACUAAACUGCAUCACAGCCAACAUGUGCUGAUUACCCAUAGUGUAAGAUUUAUAACAUAAAGCCAGGUUAAUGACCACAGCUAUUGAUAUUCAAAAUGAGUUGCUGGUACAGUAGCAACAAACCUACAGACAAUUAAUACCUGAAUCUACAGAAAAACACCAGCUUAGUGCGGAUGGAGAGCUUAAACAAAGAAAUAAAGAUGCUUCUUUAAAUGGAGCUGGUUUAGUGUGGAUGUACUCUCAGACUCCCGUGGUGAUACUGACUGUUAAUUCAUGUUCAUCAUCUUUUACACUUUACGGUAGAAUUCAUUCUUCUACUUUUCCUUUAGUUGUUCUGUUGUUGUCCUGCCAAUCACCUCCUUUAUUACUUAUUCAGUAAUGUCACGUUAAACAAGAUCAGUAGGAUCUAAUACUCGACUGGAUCCGUUUCCUCUCACAUUCCUGUAGACUUGCACACUGAAGAAGCACAGACUCCACUGAGCCAGUGGAAUUUUUUUUUUUUUUUUUUUUUUUUUUUACAUCCAGUCACUGUUUCCAUUAUGUCCUGCAGCCACCUGGGACUCUGUUAUAUAACACGUACAUGUCCACACUCCCCUGUUUGGGUCAAUCAUUGAAGGAUUAUUGAAUGUAUGGGCUAAUGUUUAAGUCUUUCAUGAAAGCCUUGGCUUUAGAAGGGGCACAUUGUAAUUCUUUAUUUCUUUAAUUGUUUUGUGAGACUGUAUGUGCUUGGCCGUAGCAGCUUGUUACCCAUAGACACUACUUUCUAGAUAAUGCUUAAGUAAGAGGUUAGAAUAAUUUGUUUCUGACAGCAGUGUUUUACUUUGAAAUGCCUGCAGUCGGAAGCGUUCAUGAAUGUACAUUUUUAUACACUAUUAGACAACGUGGCCGGUUUGAUAAAAAGUCUGGUUUAUAGCUAUACAUCUUUUGCUUUGUGGAUAUGAAGGUGGAGGAUGAUUCUUGCCAGCACAUUAUAGCUACAGAUGUUUAAGUCUCAGACAGCCUGAUUUGGACCUUUUUAAGCCUCUGUAAGUCCCAUUAGCUCACAUGGAUAAUGAGACAGCACAAUACGUAAGAUAACCCAGAAACACCCAACAACAUCUGCUGUUGCUCUGCUUGUCUUUCUUCCCACGCCUUGAAUUCACAGGUCUUUCUUCUGUCAUCUAGUCUCCUUCUCACAUUGACACACAAACAUAACAAACACUCUGUCUCCAUCUGACCAUUAAACAAGAUAAAGCAAAGCACAUCCGUUUUUUAAUGCCAGAUCACUCGAUUCUGGCUGUACUGCCUAAAACAGAGCGAGUCUGUCUAAAGUUAAACCUUCUGUUUCCAGAUCAACUUAAAGAUAAUGUAACUAAGCUAAAGGUCGUCAUCUCUCAGUUUAGUUGUUUCCAGUGUUUCAAUAACAAAGCUCUUAUAGGAAUAAAUAGAAUUUUAAGGAAUUUUAAGACACAAAAGACCUUGGUGUACUCCAUGUAAUGGCAUUCAAUGUACUUAUGAAGUAACACAAGAUUGUUGUCCCUAAUUGUACCUGCAACAUUACCUAACACUUUAUUUUAUAUGUCCGUAAUUUCUUAAUAAUUUCCAACAAGUUUCCUGCAAAGAACUUUGAGAUUUGGUGCUAAUUUAAGCUCACUUAAACAAAACAAAUACAAAUAUUCAUAUAUUAUUGGAAACUUUAUUCUUCAUAUUUGUCCAUUUAUUAUUACUUAAUUUUAUUUAAUUAUUAGUUGAAUUGUAUGCUUGCCUGUUAACUAGGGGUGUCACAAUUUCAAUUCCAAAUUUAAAAUCGUUUAAAAUUAACUUUCAAUUUCUAUUAUUGAAAUCAAAAGCAGGAUUGGUGAUUCAAAUUAAUUAUUCAAAUUUGACCACCACCAGUGGGGUAUAUUCAAAAAAUGGUAUGACAUUUAAUACCUUUGAUUGGAAUGAAUGAAUUGAAAUGAAUUUACCAAUUGAACACUGCCUCUAUUUUACAUAUACUAUGUUCUUUCAAGGAAAGUAUUAGAAAAUUAUUCAGAAAUUAUAGACCUGUAAAAUAGAGCUUGACCAAACACAUGUUUUCUUCUGUUUGUGUAAACCUUCCUAUAUUGCACUUUAACCCUCCAGUGAAUGAGGAGCGGCUAUACUGAACGAUAUGAAAACGCCUUUUUUUAUGUACAGCUUUUGACAAAGAGGGCUACAGUAUUGAACAUGGCACUUGACUCAGUUGUUGCUUCUUGUAUGAUAUUGUGACCUUUUAUCUGUAACCACUGCGUGUAUGUGGGGUGUGUGGGGGGGAGUAUCAAUAUAUUGUACACUAUACCCAGCAGAGA